AUGGGAAAGACGGGAAAGCAAUAUAUUCUCGACCCACCAUGUGUCAAAACAACAUGCUCAAGUGAAGAAUCAUAUAUUCGAUGUGUUGAAUAUGGAAAAGCAAAAGCAACAUAUAGUAAUUUUAAUUUAUUUUUAAAAGCAAUUAUGGCUGGAAUAUUUGUAGGACUUUGUGCCCAUGCCUCAGGAAUAGCAGGGGGACUAUUUUAUUAUCACAAAUUACGAGCAUAUGUCGGGGCAUCAUUCAGUUCUUUUGUUUAUGGCUUUACAUUUCCAAUUGCUUUUUUAUGUAUUAUAUGUACAGGAUCAGAUUUAUUCACAGGAAAUACAUUAGCAGUUACAGUUGCUUUGCUUCAAAAAAAAGUUAAAUUAUUAUCAUAUAUAAGAGUUAUGUUAAUAUCUUUACUAGGAAAUUAUAUCGGAGCAGUUUCCUUUGCUUUUAUCGUAUCAUAUGGUUCCGGGGCAUUCCAUCAACAUUCAGAUAUCGAAAAAAAUCAUAUUUAUGAAUUUUUAAAUGCAAUAGCCACAAAAAAAGUACACCAUUCAUUUUUUGAAUGUAUAUCUUUAGCUAUCGGAUGUAACAUUUUUGUUUGCUUAGCAGUUUAUUUUGUUUUAUCAAUUAAAGAUGGCAGUGGGGUUGUGUUUAGUGUGUUCUUUGCAGUAUAUGCAUUUGCCAUAGCAGGAUAUGAACAUAUUAUUGCAAAUAUUUAUACAUUAAAUAUUGCUCUUAUGGUUAAAACCGAUGUCACUUUUUUUGACGUUUAUUUUAAAAAUCUUAUACCAACUUUGAUAGGAAAUUAUAUUGCGGGGGCUCUCGUUCUAGCUUGCCCAUUUUAUAUUCUAUACAGACAUUAUUACGAGGAUUAUGAAGCAAAGAAUUCGAGUUUAGGAAGCAUGAAUAUCAGAGGAACAUCUAUUGAGAUACAGAACGAUAUAUAA